CUUUCAUUCUUUCUUUUCCUCUUGACUGAUUCGGUAACCUUCUUAUCCCCCCUUUGAGCUCGCCGAUGCUCUUGGAAGUCACCAGGAUGGCCACUUACUCUCGUCUACGUCUGCUCUCGGCUUUCCGAGCGCCUCUAUUCAAACGAUGCUACUCGACCGAGUCGCGGUUAGCCUCGGACCAUGUACGCAUCGUGGAAGUUGGCCCUCGCGACGGACUGCAGAAUGAGAAAAAGUCUAUCCCCAUGGAGACAAAAAUGGAAUUGAUUCGGAGACUGGCCAAGACCGGUGUCACUACCAUCGAGGCAGGCUCCUUUGUACCGGCAAAAUGGGUACCACAGAUGGCCAGCACAGCUGAAAUCUGCGAAUCACUUCUCACAUCGCCUCCCCAAUCUCAAAGUACAAUCGCCUAUAAUUAUCUAGUUCCCAACAUCAAGGGACUGGAGAGCCUUGUGAAGAUCAUGGAUGCAACUGGUGUCUCGGCAGACUCGCCCGGCUCGGAAACCAAGCCGGCGACGACGACCGAGGUCUCACUUUUCGCCGCUGCGACGGAAUCCUUCUCAAAGGCCAACACCAAUUGUACUAUCGCCGAGUCUCUGGAGCGCAUCAAACCUAUUGUUGCGGUGGCUAAGACGAAGAACAUUCGCGUGCGAGGAUAUGUCUCAGUCGCGCUAGGCUGUCCCUACGAAGGACCCGAGGUGAGCCCGUCCAAAGUGGCUGACAUCACGGCCACUCUUUUGGAGAUGGGUGCGGAUGAGGUAUCAGUGGCCGACACCACGGGUAUGGGUACGGCACCGCGGACUAUGGAGCUCCUCCAGGCCCUCAAGGCGGCCGGUAUUGCCAACACGGAUUUGGCUCUCCAUUUCCACGAUACCUAUGGACAGGCCUUGGUGAACACUAUUGUCGGACUGGAGCAUGGCGUUCGGAUCUUCGACAGCAGUGUUGGAGGAUUGGGUGGCUGUCCAUACUCCAAGGGCGCCACAGGCAAUGUCUCCACGGAAGACCUCGUCCACACCAUUCAUAGCUUGGGAAUGCACACGGGUGUCAGCCUUGAGGAGAUGUCGCGGAUCGGAUCGUGGAUCAGUGAAGAACUGGGCCGAGUCAACGACAGCCGAGCCGGCAAGGCCACCCUUGGCCGACUGGCGGAAUAAAAAAGUGUUCCUCAUGAAAGCAAACCCUACUCUACUUGUGUUAUAUAACUUAUCUCUUUACCUCUGUUUCCAUACUUUGAGCGAAU